CUCAGUCUCCCGUCCUUGUCUAUUGUGAGCCGUGGCGUCCGUCUUUGAGAGGAAUCUGCUCAAUGACGAUGGUAGCACCUGCGCAAGAAAGCAUCGUAUACGAAGUACGCCGCUUCAACCCUGUUCUGCACCAGAACGAUUCAGGUUCUGAGUACAAGGGACAAUCUGAUGCUGUGGACGCCAGGUGGGAUGCAUUGCUCGAGUAUGGUAUCUCACGCAUCACCGAAGAGGAAGCAAAAAAGAUGGUGGAACUAUCUGCACCGAUCCCUGGGGACGAAGACCAUGUCAUAAUGAGCCUGGCCAUCUUCCAUGAAAUCCAUUGCUUGAACGCGCUUCGUAAGAUGCUUCAUCCGGAGUAUUAUCGUCCCUCUCCUCCAGAGUUGACGCCUACUCCAGAGGAGCACGCCGAUCAUUGCAUCGACUGGAUCAGGCAGACGCUUAUGUGCUCCGUGGACAUCAACCCAAUGGUAUAUGAGUGGGAGGAGGAGAAGCAGGUGGCCAUCCCGAAGUUGAGCGCGCUGCACUUGUGUCGCAGCUUCGAUGCCGUGAACGAAUGGGCGAAGAACCAUCGUAUGGUUAGAGAAUUUGACAAUUUGCCCCAUAUACAGCUUCGCUUAUAACCUUAGAAGCCAUCUACGAUGGAACUAAUCGCAGUGCCGUAUAAAUUCUGAAACUGAAAUAUUAAGAAG